UACAAAUCUGAGCCAGGUAUUUUCUCAGCCUAAACUUGUGAAUGGCUUACGAGAAACAUGGUGGGAAGACUUGGGGGAAAACUCAGGGGAAAACUCAGGGGAAAACUCAGGGGAAAACUUAAGGGAAAACUCGAGGAAAACUCAUGGGACUUGCACAGUGGUACAGGAAUGGUGAGCACUGAAAAAUAUUAGUUAAAUAUAGAUUCAGACUUAGUGCUAGUACUGACAUGGCCCAAAGCUCCGGCUGGAACCGCGAAAAUAUUCCUAAUUAUGUACGUGGAGGCCUGUACCGGAGUUAACUCGGACACCAGGGUCAAUGGAUACCACAAGCAAAGAGCUGGGUACGGUAUAGGAGAUGCAAUGGUACACUACACGUAUUUUGAAAGGUGAAAUUGGCCCAUGACUUUCCAGAGUUAUAAGCCAAAGAGAACCAGAAACAAGGAGGUCCGAAAGAAAGCUCGAAAGAAGGCUCGAAAGACGGCUCAAAAGAAGGCUCGAAAGAAGGCUCGAAAGAAGGCUCGAAAGAAGACUCGAAAGAAGACUCGAAAGAAGGCUCGAAAGAAGACUCGAAAGAAGGCUCGAAAGAAAGAAGCGUAUGGAUUAUUGGCCAUUGAAAUACCUAUGAGGUGCAAGUGGACGCUCAGACAGUAAUAUUGUUAGUAUUACUAUAUAGUUGCAGCUACAUCUAUUUCUUUUCCCUGGCGCACAGGUGCAGAUAUAUUUCCAUUAGAGUACAGGAUUCAGAGUUGAGAUGAAGGAUCCGGUUUAUGGAAUAAGGCUAUGCUAUGUUUUGGAGGUAGUUUCAGGCGGAAAAACUUCAGAAGCUGUUGCCUAGGAUUAUUGGAUCCAACUCGCUUUGUUAGGCUACCUCAGUCAUGAUGGAGAAAGUUGGUGCUCGGAACAGAUUAGCAUAUAGGUGCUUGAGUUAGCUAACUCCCGUUAUGCAAUUUGGUGAGGUUUACUUGCAUUCUCCAAAGCUUCCAUGCAUAAGCGCUUUCUAUCGGGAGUUCUAGCUCGGUAACAUUGACAGGGUGUGAUUGAUGGUGACCUGUAGAAGGUGGGAAUAACAAUAAAUGGACAGUCCAGAUAAUAAGAGGUGAUUUACUUAAAGGUGAUUCACUUAGGUGACUGGCUUAG